AUGCUGCGAUAUUUCCAUGGAUUCCAGUUUCGCGACAAAUACGACGACCUUUUCAAGGGUCUUGACGUGGAUAAAGCUGUGAACAAUGGCACAAUUCAACCUGGACGAUAUCUUCUUUUAGAAUUUGACUUCUCCCGCCCCGCCCGUCCUCGCGACGGUAGCGAGUCUGCGCAGUUUAUUGCGCAACACAUAAACGGGAGGCUGUCGAAGUUCAAACGUGAUUACACCAAAUAUUUAGGUGAAUCGUUUGCAUCGCAGACAUCUACUUUUAUGGAGAAUAACCCAGCCGGAAAUUUCGAACAGUUGAUUGAUGCUGUCUAUAUACUCGCGGAUGAAUACGAUGCUUGCGCCAACGAUUAUAUGGAUCCGCACCAUCCAAAGUUAUGGUCUGAUGCCGCACCCUCUCGUCUCUUGAAGGCGUUCUGGGCCAAUGUCAAAUCUAGCCGAAAGUCGCGUUACGGUAUUAAAAAGGUAUACAUCACUGGCGUCACGCCUCUGCUUUUAAGCGACCUUGUCAGCGGUGCGGACAAUCAAGAAAACGUCUCUUUCAGUCCACGAUUUUCAACCAUUUGCGGAUUAACUCGAUCCGACGUACUAGGAGCACUGAAGGCCAUCUGCAACAAUGAGGAAGAUGUGCAAAAGUACCUGAGGGAAUUGGAACACAACGCCAAUGGCUAUCACUUCUGCCAAAAACAGAGUGUAGAGCCGGUGUUUAACACCUAUACUGCUCUUUCAUAUCUUCAAGUGAGUAAAGAGAAGCGCUAG